AUGGAGACAAGCAAGGAAGGAUUCACGGGAAAUUUAGGAAGCGCGGGAUUAGAUGUCACUUUGAAUUAUUUCACCAACCAGCCCGAUUUUCUGUCAGUGUCUAAUGCAGACCUUGCCAUAAUAUUCAAGUCGUUAAGUAAGAAAGAUCCCAAAACAAAAGAAAAAGCACUCAAUGAUCUCCUUUCGAUUAUUGAAGAAAAAUCGACGGAGUUUGACGACAUCGCAGUCGUAUGUUGGGUAAAGUUGUACCCCAAAAUUGCCCUUGACAAUUCCAAAGAUGUGAGGGCAAUGACUCAUCAAAUUCAAGGCACGCUCUUGAAAAUCUUGGGCUCAAAAAGAUAUGGGAAGUACUUAAAAAUAACAAUGCCAAUUUGGCUCAUGGGUACCAUGGACCCAGAUAAAAGCGUUUCAAGAACAGCAGCGAGACUUUUGCUCGACAAUUUUCAAGGCGAUGAGACCAAAUUCGAAAAAGUGUGGGAGAUCUUUGAGGAGCAGAUUAUAAACUUGGUCGGUUCAGUUGCCACUAUUGAAUCUCCAGAAACUUUGUCAGAUCCUAGGUAUUUAUCUGACUCAGAAAUUCAGAUUAAGUACGACCGCACUUUGAUGGUCUCUAUUGAUAUGCUUUUGAAGAUUUACAAGAAAUGUCAAUUAGUUACAUCUAUUGAGCUGAUCUUGGACCUGGAUGUCAUAUGGGAAAGAUUUGUCCACAGUGUGAAAGAAGAUACGAUGAAUUUGCGUCUAUUUAAAUGUAUAUUGACGUUAAUAUUGUCAACGUGUUCUAAAGAGAAUUUCCUUUUGGAGUCAAUGGAUCAAAAAGCUUUGUAUAAAACAAUUUCCAAAGCAGUUAUGAAAGUGAAAUUUGCAAAGAAUAAACCGGCAAUUGUAUACGCCCCGGUGAUUCUCCCGUUCUGGCAAGUUUUGAUCCAACUCACAAGAUUUCCCAAGCAUUGGGAGUUGAGCAAAUCAAUUUGGGACAUAGGUGGAAGCAAAAGUUCCUCAAGACUACACAGCUAUAUCCGUUUAGGACCUUGUGACUCAGAUCCUAGUUACUACGACGUAGUCGCUACAUUGUUUACAGAUUUCAAACUGGAUGAUAAAAAGGUAAUCGAUUUUAGGGACACAGAAGAGUCUCUGUUCUUUACAAAGAUCUUUAUGGAGCAAUUUGUAAAGAAUCGUGAAAUGUUCAAAACAUCCUGUUUGCGAUGCGCAAUGAAGGUGAUGGAUUUAUUUGACGAAAACAAGGUCGAGAACAUGAAAUUGAUUUUAAACAAUGUUUUGAAUUCCAAAAAAUCGAGGUUUCAAUCAACUGACAAAGAGCUAAUAUCACAGUUUAGGGAUUUUGAGAACAAGGUAUUGUUGAGGGAAUCUUUAUGCGCAAUUCAAUGCGAGAUUCAAAAGCAUAUUGAAGACACAUUGUACACUGAUGAAUAUUUAGUUCGAUUUUUUGAGUUAUUGAAAAUGCUGAAUCUCAAAGAUCAAGCUACCGAGUUGGUAGAAUUGGCGGUGAAGCAAUGUAAUACUCAAGAAGUGGAUAUCGUUCUUGCUGGGCGCUAUGUCAGUGCAUACUUGGCGGUGAAUGAUACAAUUACGCCAACGAUGGAAGCAUUUGUCAAGCAAUUGCCGGAGCACUUAGGUACGUCAUACGUCAUCUCAAGACAGAUUUUGAAUCAAGUGUUCUCCGAAAAGAUUUUGACUGACAGAGAGUUGGUAGAGUUGUUGAAUAAGUCAUUCGCAAAUCUUUUGGUAACGAACGUUGAAAAAAGAGAUGAUUUUGUCAAGUCAUUUGAUUUUGAUUUUAGCGAAUCAGAUUACCCUGAUAUAUAUCAUUAUUCGAGAGAAAAGUCGCGCGAUCUGGCUGAGCCAGAAUAUUUGGAAAAAUUAUUAGUAUCUGGAGACAAAGAAGCCUUGCGUGAUGUAAUAAAAGGUUUGGACGAACAAUCGUCUCUUGCAUUUAUUACCAUCGUCCUGAAAACCAAUUCCAUUGAUGUUACUAUCGAGCUAGGUAUCGAGAAUGUAAUAAAAUUUGCUUGGAGAAACGUGAAGCAACUGGUAAAAUUCUUGCAAGCAUUACGUCAAUAUGAAGCUUCGUUUUAUGCGUCCUUGAUGAUGCACCUUCGCACCUGUUCAAUUGAAACACAGUUGACUGAUGUUGAAGAACUACUCCGUGAGGCACCGAUUCUGUAUGAAGUAUUUGAAUUAGAAUUAAAGCAAUUCAUCAACAGGAUAGAACCGUUUGAAAUUGCUAUGGCAAAUGCAUUAGGUCCGGCUGUAUACUUGUGUAACUAUGGAUCGGAAGCUGUACCGAAGGAAGCAGUAAUCUUAGCAAAACUCAUCGUUGAGUUGAGAAUGGAUAACCCCAAGUGGAAAGUGUUGACACAGAUCAGCAAGGAGCUCGUCUCAGAUUAUGUUUUCACCCAAAACGUUAGCGAGGAGGAGGAAAUCAUUUUGAUGAAGGUCGUCGGUGAACAUGCUCGAGAGAAACACACGGAGUGCAUCGCAGAUUUGAUUGGUGACAACGAGGAGAAUCCAUUAGCUUUGGUAACCAAAGGCAAUGACCUUUUUGCUUUCUACGCAGGAAGGAGUUUAACAAAGACUAUUGAAAAUGCAUCGGAGCAAAUGAGUCUUCUGCAAUUUGAAUCAUUGAAGAUCAACUAUGUCCAGUUAUUGAAGCAUCCAUUGAAAAGCGUUGCUUUUGUUAAUGGUAUAAAAAACUUUCUCGGUUCGCAAACUCUAGAGCGUGCCAGAAAUUAUGCGUUCUCCGAGAUUUUGGCCGUCGAAAGGGAAAGCGAAAUCACUACCUUGGGAUUGAAGUGGAUAACGAUACUUGUCUCUUUUCUCAAUCAAGAGACCGGCUUGAAAAACGUUUUCCCCGGAGUAAAGCUAGCCAUGGUUUUGAAACAGAUUGACGAUUGGUUUGAGUCGUCAAUCGCAUACGAUCCUGAAUUUAUCAAUAUAAGAAUUCAAGUACUCAUCUUCCUAGGCCAUUUGUUUACAGUUGAGGAUACCUUACCUGAUAUUUAUGUUGACUUGGUCAACAAGAUUAUCGCUGAUAACCUCGAUAUGGCCGAUGAUAGGGUAGAUUUGAAGUACUAUACCUUGAAAGUUUAUGCAAGCAUGUUGAAGCGCAACCCUAAUGGAUUGGAGCUACAGGACGAGAGAUUGAUUGAAUUGCUCGCUACUGCUCCGAAUGACAACAAUGCCAGUCAAGUUGCUUACUUGGUGGACACAAUUUUGGAGAGAGCUCUUCAACUUUCCAAAAUAUCAACAAAACUUGUACAACGAUUCAAGUCUCAGUUAUUGAUUGUUCUCGCCAAAACAGUCUCCCUUACAAAGCAAAAACUCAGCAGCUAUUAUUUGUUGCAAUUGUACAAGGAAGAGAAGGACGAUUUUGUCAUUGAGUAUCAACUAUCUAAAGAUGAGAAUAAGAAAGCGCAAUUACCUUCACCUGUUUUGGAGAUUGCGGAAAAAUUUAAAGUUGAUUCAACUGCAGACAUAUUCAGGUAUAUGCUAUCGUGGCUCGUAAUCACCGAUUUUUUCAAAGAUGUCACCUUGUCAAUUAAAAAUGAUUACUUGAAUGAAGUGUUGGAAGGCAAAGAUUUCCAAACACUUUUGUACUACAUUUUUGAUCAUGUGGAUUUUAGUAACAAGUUUUUGUCAACAUUCCCAAUUGAAAGUGUUACCGACUAUGAUAUAAGAUACAUGUUCAAAGAUUCGAGUCGUGAGGAGGAGUUGAAAGUGCUCGCCCUUCACGUGUACUAUAAAUGCCUCAAGUAUUGUGGAUUUCAGGUCCAACUUUGGUUUAAGGAAAUCAGAGACAAACAGCUACAAAUGAAGGUUGAGAGAAUAACCAGUAAAUAUUUGUCACCGCCGUUGAUCAAAGAGGUAUUGGAGCAGGUCGAAGCUGAGAAACAAAAGCUUUUGGCAAAAGAGGAUAAUUUAUCAAUCAAAAUAAAUCGUGUAUCUAAUGAAAUCAAAACGUCAUAUCUCGUCGACGAUCAAAAGCUCGAGAUGGUGGUCAAAAUUCCUGCUCAUUAUCCGUUGGAAAAUGUUGUCAUUGAUGGACCUGCGAGGGUUGGAGUAAAAGAAAAUAGAUGGAAAGCCUGGUUGUUGGCAUCGCAGAAACUUAUUUCCUUACAAAACGGUUCAAUCAGUGAUGCCAUUGAACUUUUUUGCAAAAAUAUCAAUCUACAUUUUUCAGGAUUUGAAGAUUGCGCAAUUUGUUAUUCAAUCUUGCAUCAAGAUUUAUCAUUACCGUCGAAAACGUGUCAAACAUGCAACAAUAAAUUCCAUGCUGCAUGUUUGUACAAAUGGUUCAAGAGCUCAGGAAAUUCAACUUGUCCUUUAUGUCGAACACCAUUCAACUUUAAAACUAGAAACUAG